CCCCUUCCUUAGCAGAGAAGUAUAGCUAAGCCACUAAGCCAGUGUAUAAAGAGUGUCAGUGCCAACAGAGCGAGUACCAGCAAGCGGCAAUGGAGGUCCAGAUGAGACGGGGCGGCGCGAUGGGCCUGGUCCAGGCGGCGGCGGUGGUACUCUCCUACGUGGUGCUGAUCAUGGCGUCGACGGCGGGGGUGCGCGCGCAGCUGCGGGUGGGGUUCUACGACAGCUCGUGCCCGGCGGCGGAGAUCAUCGUGCAGCAGGAGGUGAGCAAGGCGGUGUCCGGCAACCCGGGCCUCGCGGCGGGCCUCCUCCGGCUCCACUUCCACGACUGCUUCGUGGGCGGCUGCGAGGCGUCGGUGCUGGUCGACUCCACCAAGGGCAACACGGCGGAGAAGGACGCCGGGCCCAACACGAGCCUGCGCGGGUUCGAGGUGGUCGACCGGAUCAAGGCGCGGGUGGAGCAGGCCUGCUUCGGCGUCGUCUCCUGCGCCGACAUCCUCGCCUUCGCUGCCAGGGACAGCGUCGCGCUGACCGGCGGGAACGCGUACCAGGUGCCCGCGGGGCGGAGGGACGGGAGCGUGUCGCGGGCGCAGGACACGGGCGGCAACCUGCCGCCCCCGACCCCCAACGUGAACCAGCUCACCAAGAUCUUCGCCUCCAAGGGGCUCAGCCAGAAGGACCUGGUGACCCUGUCCGGCGCGCACACCAUCGGCGGCUCGCACUGCAGCUCCUUCAGCAGCCGCCUGCAGACGCCGUCCCCGACGGCGCAGGACCCGACCAUGGACCCCGGCUACGUGGCGCAGCUGGCGCAGCAGUGCGGCGCGUCCGCUGCGCCGGGGCCGCUGGUGCCCAUGGACGCCGUCACCCCCAACUCCUUCGACGAAGGGUUCUACAAGGGCGUCAUGUCCAACCGGGGCCUGCUCGCCUCCGACCAGGCGCUGCUCAGCGACGGGAACACCGCCGUGCAGGUGGUCUCCUACGCCAACGACCCGGCCACCUUCCAGAGCGACUUCGCCGCUGCCAUGGUCAAGAUGGGGUACAUCGGCGCGCUCACCGGCAGCAGCGGCAAGAUCAGGGCCAACUGCAGAGUCGUAUGAUCGGUCCAUCCAUGGCGACAUGCAUCAAGGAUCAUCUUUCUUGUUUAGAAGAGUGGCGAUGGAUUCAUUUGGAUUGGACGUGGACCCGUGGUAGCACUUAGCGUUCUUAUUUGACCAUGUACGUAGUACUCCGCCUAUUCUUUUGCUCAUCGAUCGAUAUGUAUUGAUUCAUUCUCGGCUGAGGUGUGUGUGUGUCUUUUGAGGAAAUUGUAACUAGCUACUACUAGCUUUGUGAAUUGUGAGUGUUCGUGUGCCAAAUUGAUGAUACUAAAUAAAUAAAAAUACAAUGUUAAUUA